GGGAAAAUGGCGUCGUGGACGCCGGAUUUGCUUCACGCUUUGCAGAAACUCUUCGAGAACGGGAACGAGUCGGCCGGGAACGACGACGAUACCGGCCUGAAGCAAGAAGUGAGCGACGGAGGGGCCGCGAAGGCGGAGGAACCCGAAGACGACAGCGAGGACGACGACGACGACGGGAAGAAAGAACCGAGCUACACCAUCAAUUUCCAGCAAGAUCUCAACACCGAAGAUCUUUUCCUUCGGUUGGGGAACAGGACUCCGCUGACGAGCAGCUGUGAGACCCUGGUCGUCCGAAUUUUUCUGCCGGGAGAGACGAUGUCGACCAUCACUUCAAGGCUGAAGCCGCGUCAUCUCAAGGUCAAAGGUCAAGGUUAUCGCCUCGGGCUGUACCUUCCCCAAAGGUGCGAUCCCCGUCGAUCCUCGGCCAAGUGGAGACCCGAGGAACAGACCCUGGAGAUCAGGGCACACCUCGUACGGGAACUGGAUCCUUUCAACUUCUGAACUUAUGGGGGGGGGGGAAAUUGACGU